CGCAGAGCCCGCCGCGGGAGCGCCUCGCCUCCCGUCCCCCCGCGGGCGGCAGCGGCGGCGCGCCCUCCCCACUGGCAGGCUGAAGGCGAGAGGGGUGCUCCGUCCGUGCCGCGGCGGAGGGGCUGAGGGGAAGCUGAGCCCCCUCUCCGCCCCGCGCUUUGACACCGCAGGGACAGACCUUCCUUCUCCUAACCCCUGCCCUGUCGGGAAGUGGGAUCCCCGUGCCCUCACCCCUGCCCUUUGCUCCGCCAAGCCGAGGGUGGUGGGGCUGGACCUUCUGCGAGCCCUCGGGCCUGUGAAGCUCCGGGCAUGGCUGUCGGUGGGCUCGGGAGCUCCCUGCUGCUGAUGUCCGGCGUGGUGGUGGCCGUGGGGCUGUGCAGGAGGCUGACCCGCCGCCGGCUGCGCUCCCACCCGCGCCUCUUCGCUUUCCUCGUGGAGAUGUUAAGCACCUUCCAGAUCUGCGCCUGCACGAACGAGCUCAGCCUGCUCGGCAAUGUGGAGCCGAAGCCGCACACCGCCCUCACCCUCACCUACGGCUUCACCGUCCUGCACGGCCUGACCCUGGCCGGCAGCACCUGCAAUCCCUGCGGGACCGUGCAGCCCAUGUGGGGCGGCGGGACAUCCCUCGGGAUGGGGGGACUCAAGAUCGCCGCUCAGUUCGUGGCUGCAGUGAUUGCUAGGGUGUUCAUGCACUUUAUCUGGAGUCUGGAGAUGGCAGAGCCACAUUUUGGAGCGCUCUCCCAAGGCUGCAGCAGCCCCAUGCAGACUACAGAGAUGCAGGCGUUCUGCAUAGAACUGCUCUUUUCUGUCGUUUUCCAGCUGGCAGUCCUGCGAGCGGAAAGUGUUAAUCCCAAAUACAGAGUCCAUUUGAUUGCUCUUCUCAUCACCAUGCUCGUGUAUGCAGGUGGAAAUCUCACAGGAGCAAUAUUUAACCCAGCACUGGCGUUUUCAUUACAUGCAGAUUGUUUCUAUGACAAAUUUUUGAGUUACUCACUAGUAUACUGGAUAGCACCAGCCUUAGGUACAAUACUUGUGGCUUUUAUAUGGAUGAAAUCUUUCCUCGGAUAUCCUGAGACAUCGAAUCCUGAAAUCUGGCAGUCCUACAUUAAAAAGUAUUUUCAACAUCUGCAGACAUGAAGCUUUCAAAGAACUGUUGACACAGGCUUCCACAUCACCUUUCAGUUGCAUUUUCAGCUUUCCUGUUUGAAAUAUUAAUUUAUCACUUUGUAUUCAAAUACUAAUUUUGUAAGUGCGUAUUGGGAUUCUGGGAAUAUCUGCCACCAUUUUUGUAAUUUAAGCCAUAUGAAUGUGAAGGACUGUUAAAAUACUGCAACUUUGUCACUUUAGCCAUAAGUGCCAUUUGCUGACCUUUAUUACAACAGCAUGCAAAACUAAUUUUAGAGAAAUACCCAGUCCUUUCAAGGUUUGAAUUUAUUGGAUUUCUUCCCAAAAAAUGGCACCUGCAAAAAAGGAGCUGAAGAUCUCUUAUACUGACAUCACCAUAUUCCUACUUGCCAUAUGUAUACCUCUGAGAGGAAGAAAGGCUACACUACUCCCUAGAAGAGUCUCCACAGCUCUAUUCUAGAGGCACCCUACACCAAAAUUGAAAGUCUGUAGGACCAGCAUUGUUUUAGCAAUACCUGAGUGCAGGUAAGUAACCUCUCGCUUCCCAUUGGGAAGGCUCUGCUGCAUCCUGGCUCACUGUAGAUUGCUGAAUGUUUACCUUGGUUGGAAAAAGCAGUAGUAAAGUACCAUAAAUUCUGUAGAGACACAAAAUAAAAGGGCAUUUUAGGCAACCCCCCCUACUUUGUAUCAAGAGAUUACUGCUGCCUCUUCACAUAGACACAGUAGAUAGGGAUGAGUCACGGGGUAUUCGAUUUGUCCUUGAUUUUAUGCAGCUCUUACCAAUUUUUAAAAAAACAAAUGAAUCUGCAAUAUAGGAGAAUAAAUAACAGAGCUAAAAACCACAGGAAAGCUACAGACACAAACUGGCACAAACAUGCCCUUUACAGCCUCAGCUGAGGCAAACGCCACUGAUAGGUACCACCCUUGGAAGCUCUGUUUCUAGCAUGAGGUUUCAUCAUCCAGAUGAUCCAGAGGCUGCAUCAUCUGGAUGCAGCUUAAUUUUUAGAUAUGCCAAAAUCAGUUUUUCACUUUAUAGUUACUAGGUUUAAAAGGAGAGAUGGUUAACAAGUUCUACAAAGAUCUCAGUAGCGUGCCCCCCAACUCAGCAUCCAAGUCACCUUACAAACCAUGUUCUAAGAGAAAGGGAAUCAGAUGGGGGUUUUUCACAGUAAAAUUAUGAACCGAGUAUUUAACAGCUCCUAUUGCCAGCUAUCUUUUUUUGCAAGAGUUCGGGAAGUAAAUAUUUUCAUGUAAUUUCCAACUUGUUGCAAUAAAAUCUUUUCUCACUUCUAUUUUCAAA